AUGGCCUUUUCUGAACUCCUGGACCGAGUGGGUGCCCUGGGCAGGUUCCAGGUCCUCCAGAUGGUGGCCCUGGUGGUCCCCAUCAUGUGGCUCACCACUCAGAACUUGGUGGAGAACUUCUCGGCCGCCGUGCCCAGUCACCGCUGCUGGGUGCCCCUCCUGGACAACGGCACUGCCCAAGCCAGCACCCCCGGCACCCUGGGCCCCGAGGCCCUCCUGACCGUCUCCAUCCCACGGGGCCCCAACCAUGGGCCCCACCAGUGUCGCCGCUUCCGUCACCCACAGUGGCAGCUCCUGGACCCCAACAUCACAGCCACCAACUGGAGCGAGGCCGCCACGGAGCCGUGCGUGGACGGCUGGGUCUACGACCUCAGCACCUUCACCUCCACCAUUGUGGCCGAGUGGGACCUGGUGUGUGACUCGCAGGCCCUGAGGCCCAUAGCCCAGUCCAUCUACCUGGCUGGGAUCCUGGUGGGAGCUGCUGUGUGUGGCCAAGCCUCCGACAGGCUCGGGCGCAGGCUGGUGCUGACCUGGAGCUACCUUCAGAUGGCCGUGUGGGGCACCACCGUCGCCUUCGCCCCCACCUUCCCCAUGUACUGCCUGUUCCGCUUCCUGAUGGCUUUUGCAGUGGCGGGCAUCAUGAUGAACACGGCCACUCUCCUGAUGGAGUGGACGUCGGCGCAGGCCAGGGUCUUGGCAAUGACUUUGAACGCCAUGGGCUUCAGCUUCGGCCAGGUCCUGAUGGCCGCGGUGGCCUACGGCUUGCGUGACUGGGUGCUGCUGCAGCUAGUUAUCUCUGCCCCCUUCUUCCUCUGCUUUGUGUACUCCUGGUGGCUGGCUGAGUCUGCACGAUGGCUCCUCAUCACGGGCAGGCUGCAGUGGGGCCUGCGGGAGCUGCAGAGGGUGGCUGCCAUCAACGGGAAGAGGGCAACAGGAGACGCACUGACCAUCGAGGUCUUGCUGUCAGCCAUGCAGGAGGAGCUGAGUGUGAGCCAGGCUCCUGCCAGCCUGGGCACCCUGCUCCGCACGCCUGGACUGGGCCUCCGGACCUGUGUCUCCGCUCUGUGCUGGUUCGGCUUUGGCUUCACCUUCUAUGGCCUGGCCUUGGACCUGCAGGCCCUAGGCAGCAACGUCUUCCUGCUCCAAGUCUUCAUUGGGGUCGUGGAUAUCUUGGUCAAGAUCAGCAUCCUGCUGCUGCUCAACCGUGUGGGCCGCAGGCCCAUGCAGGCGGUGUCCCUGAUGCUGACGGGGCUGUGCAUCCUGGCCAACAUGCUGGUGCCCCACGAGAUGGGGACUCUGCGUUCAGCCCUGGCCGUGCUGGGGCUUGCGGGGGUGGGCGCCGCCUUCACCUGCAUCAUCAUCUACACUGGCGAGCUCUUCCCCACUGUGCUCAGGAUGACCGCAGUGGGCCUGGGCCAGAUGGCGGCCCGAGGGGGAGCCAUCCUGGGGCCUAUGGUCCGGCUGCUGGCUGUCCAGAGCCCCUCACUGCCCCUGCUGCUGUACGGGGCGGCGUCCGUGCUGAGUGGCCUGGCCACCUUCCUGCUGCCGGAGACCCAGGGCCUGCCACUGCCCGACACCAUCCAGGAUAUGCAGAGACAGGCAGUGAAGAAGGCGACACACAGCACCCGGCGGCACUCUGUCCUGAAGUCCACCCGGUUUUAA